AUGAAGAUGGAUCCUGGCCACUCGCGUUGGAUAACCUUCCCCGGCCUCCCCCCCAACGUUACCCUCGGCUUCAGUAUCAUCAGCCAGGCCCUAAGCGCAGUUGAUCCCAGGCCACCAACCUCAGUACCUGCCAAUGCGUCGACCUGCCCAAGUCUGGAGCCGAUCCCCUGGGAGCCAUUGGCCCCCGUCAACUCAGACGCUCCUCGGACAUCAUCGCCUACGGCACACGCACAGGCACGGUAUGUCCCGCGAGUAUCCACUGGCGACGGGACGAAAGCCGCCCAAGUCUGGCCGUCACGCCCUUGGCCACUUGGAAACGGACCUCCGCAGCCAUCUCUUCGCUCGCCUUCGUGGACAAUAAUCAGGCCCUGCUCGUCGCCACGCCGACGGCCUCCCCUAUCUCGUCUCCGUCGCUGCCCAGCCCCGGCUCCUCUGCGAACUCGCUGGCUACAAUGGCGAACCUCUCGCAUCCAUCCGAUCCUCUUCUCUCCGCAGCUGGGAAGGACGGACAUGUCUUCAUUUGGAAUCGGCCCCCUCAAUCAUCCUCUCUUCCCGAUCCAUGACCAUCUAAAAUCACGACAUAACUGCUAA